CUAUAAUAUUUGCCUGAUUUGUAUUGUGUCAGGAAGUACACUUCCCUGGUUGUGUAAUUAUCUUUGAUGUUUUUUAGAUCUUUGCUUGUUCUACGCUGUGCAACAAAAAGCGGGUAUUUUACCAGACGCUUCUUUUCACAAAAAUUGCGUUUCUGUACGGGUCCUAGAGAUCCUUCAAUAAUGUCUAAGGUACAGGGCGAAGGGCUGAGCUCUUUCGUGACUCUGAAUGAUGGCCGCAAGAUGCCGCUGUUUGGGCUAGGAGUUUUUCGUUUAGAGACAGGUUGCGAAGACGUCUGUUUGUUUGCUUUGAAAAAUGGAUAUCGUAUGCUCGACACAGCCGACAUAUAUCAAAAUGAGAAAGAAGUUGGCUCAGCUGUCCGCAAGUCUGGGUUAAAAAGAGAAGAUAUUUAUGUGACAACAAAACUUAAGCCAUCUGAAGAAGGUCAUUCAAAUGCUCUCAAAUAUGCAAAGGAAAGUAUAAAGAAGCUGGAUAUUGGAUAUGUAGACCUGUUUCUCAUCCAUACUCCAAGACCUGGGAACAUUAUUGCCGCUUAUGAUGCACUAUUAACACUUAAGGAAGAAGGACUGAUUAGGUCUGUUGGUGUGUCUAACUUCGGAGUCCAUCAUCUAGAAGAGUUGCGCAAGGCAGGAUGUCGCACUCCUGCUAUCAAUCAAAUUGAGAUAAACCCCUUCUGGCGUCAGGAGGAGAUUAUAAAAUACUGCAACAAGCAUGGAAUUACGGUGGAGGGUUAUGCACCAGUGUUCAGAGGUUGCAAAUUUGACCAUCCUGUCUUGGUGGAGAUGUCAGAAAGGUAUGGCAAGACUGUUGCUCAAAUCAUGAUUCGAUGGAGUGUUCAGAAACAAUAUAUAACCAUCCCAAAAUCCAGCAAUCCUGAGCGCAUCCUGGAAAAUGCACAGGUCUUUGACUUUGUGAUCUCUGAGAAAGAUAUGAAAAACUUGGAAACCUUUCCUGCUGAGAGGUGCUGCUUUCAUCCGAAUGAAGAUCCUACUACUCUGCCAUGGAGGGGUUGAACGGGCCAUCAGCAUAAUGAUUAGUCAUGCUUGGGAACCCUGUGCUGCUUUCAUCCGAAUGAAGAUCCUACUAGUCUGCCAUGGAGGGGCUGAAUGGGCCAUCAGCAUAAUGAUUAGUCAUGCUUGGGAACCCUGUGCUGCUUUCAUCCGAAUGAAGAUCCGACUACUCUGCCAUGGAGGGGUUGAAUGGGCCAUCAGCAUAAUGAUUAGUCAUGCUUGGGAACCCUGUGCUGCUUUCAUCCGAAUGAAGAUCCUACUACUCUGCCAUGGAGGGGUUGAAUGGGCCAUCAGCAUAAUGAUUAGUCAUGCUUGGGAACCCUGUGCUAUUAUGGGAACCCUUCAUGUGAAACAUUAGUUUUGAUAUAAUUUUCACAUGGCGUACUGAUAUAAUAAUAUAUCCAUUUCUACUAAAAGAAAGGAGCAAAAUACCCCACACACACACACCGAACCUCCCUUGCAGAUUAUCCCCUAGGAAUUGUAAAAAGCUGCUUAUGAAACAAGUAUCUUGAGGAAUGAAGCAUCAUUUGCUUCUUCACAGUUAUUUUUCCAUAAUGUAUUUUUGGCUUCUUCUUUUCUCUAAGAAUUAUUAAUGGUGUUUUUUUAAGCAUAGUUCCUAUAAUCGUUAUUUUACUUUCUGUCAUCUAUCUAGUACCACCUUAUUGAAAUAUACUGUUUUAUUUUAGUACUCUUUUGAAUAAUUUUUUCUAUCCGCCCCUUUUCCUUACAUGUACUUGCGACUUUGUUAAUUGCGCACUCUGUUGUUAUCUUAACCUCGAAAUAAUUUUAAAAGGGUGAAGAAUAGUUGGACUUUAUUAGUUGUGGGUAGAAACAACAGUGUCACCUCUCAGUGAAAUAGCAUCAAGCUUCAAUUCCAAGCAUUGUUUGUAAGCAUAUUAUGGGAGUUCUAUUGUUCGCUCUCUCUGCACGUGUCUCUCCAAUUACGAGAUAUUAACAACAACCAUUCAUUUCCUGUCAAAUACAUGACACCUGCGCUCAUCCCAACAACAGGUAACUACUUACGGGUUGUACGUGACUGUAAUUUACUGCCUUCAUGUACAAAUAACCAUUUGUUAACAAUUCGAACCUUGAAUCAUUUGUUAACAAUUCGAGCAAUGGAAUCUGAAAGUAGAUUUUAGAUUUUUAUAUUAUCAUUAUGCGAAAAAGUUUUGAAAAUGACUUUCCUCUCUCUCAUGAAUACGGCUUAUAUUCUAGUGAAACAAUGUUGUUACAGAACUAUCAUUUUGAUUCUAUAGCGAAGAAUCUUACAAUAAAUUUUCAAUAGACUUGUAUAUUAGGAUUUGGUGAAAUAUUUUUUUUCCUUUUCCGAUAAACAUUUGACUGGUGUUAUAAUGAAAAAAAAUACCGUUGCAGAAUUAUUGUUUUGUUUCUAUAGAGUGGUGAAGCUUAUUAACGCCUUGCGUCACCUAUUAUUCUAGGUUUCAAUUUACCGUUGCUUAGCCAGGAACUAUUAAAAAAAAAUUACCAUAAAAACCAGAAAAUGGGCGGUACCAUCUCUAUAAAUCUUGUCUCAGCGGAAAUCUGUCAAUUAGAAAGAUUUCUAUUGCGAAGCUGCGAGUGUUUCUAAAUACGGCUCAUAGAAGUCCGUUCCAUCUAGUUUAUUGCAAAGAUAGAUGUAAACACGUUCGCGGAGUGAACACAUCGCAAAUGCUGCAACUCCAUCGUGCGGAAAUCCAGGCUGGACGCUUCCCGACAGCGGAAAACAACCGGAGCAACUUCGAUAAGGAAGAGAAAAUGAUUUGUCUACCCGACAAGCCAGUGUCCAUGACGGAAUGGACGGUAAUUCGUCGAGUAGAUGUGGAGAAGGUUUGUGCAGUGAAGAGCUCGCCACAAGACGACUCUGUUAUUGAACGGAGUAUUGAAGUCCAUGAGAGAAACAUGCUCAAAUCAAAACAUGAAUCGGGGCAUGGACAUAACCAGAAAGGAAACCGAUUAAGGCGUCAUUCGUCGUAUGAGCCGAGCUUGGAUGAUAUAAAAGAAGAAGGCCAUGAUUCCGAAUCACUUGGCAAAGACUUGGCCUCAAUCCACAGAGAGAGGGCACUCAACUCGGGCGCCUUCCAUCGUAAUUACGAAGCCAGGCAUUUCAGAAGAAAGCAACAUCAUAAAAACCAAGAUUUCCCCAGAAGAGCUCGAUCUUACACGUGCUAGGUGGACGUGAUAGAAAGCACAACUCAUUGGCUCCUAAGGUGUUCGAAAAAUUACACUUUUAUUGCCAUAAUAACAGUGCUAUUCCCAACGGAGCUAAAAGAAUCACGUGGCUGGCAAAACCUCACGCGAAAUUUGGGGAAGGAAUUGCUGGAAUAAAAGGAGGAAAUCUGUUCGCUAAUAUACGCCAUGUGUGCUGUGUAUUACCGAUGUAAAUGAAGCAUAUACAUAAUGAUCCGCUCGAAGAGCUAUUACAGAGAAAAACAAAAACUACUGAGAGGUCAAGAUAACCGCCAUGUAAAUAACAUUCAACACCGGCGAAGGGACAGAGGUUUCGAACUAAGUGCCACUAUAAACCGAGUUUAUAAAGAUCCAUUAUCGGCAUGCUAAAAACAGAUAAGUGAAUUUCACUUAUAUGGAAUGCUUAAGAUAUUCCUCGGUAUACUAUAGCGAUCGUUUAAAUUAUAUUGAAUAUCUCUGCGAAUUUCGAAGUCUUGGGAAGGUCUUUGCGAUAUAUUUACCCUGUCGAAGCUAUUUUGGCAAUUAACCUGGUAUAAAUCAAUACACAAAUAGAUAUUAUUAGUCUGUUAUGGCCACAAGAUCAUAAAAUGUAUUUUUUUCUAAGUAUUUCAAGCAAGAUUUAUUGGCAACCCACAAACUGUUGUGCAGUAUGAUAAUUGAAGUGGUUUUAUUAUGUGUUUUUUUCUCCAAAUCGAUCGCUUGCGCAAAGUUACUGUUAGGUGCAUUCGAAAUUUGGAUAAACUACUUUCUGCAUUUUUCCCACUGGCGGAUAAUACUUUUUUCUGAAGAAAGUGCGGCUACUUUCGUUUUUUUUUUACGCAACACCGCCUUAUUAGGUGGUAUUUCCAUGGGGUAGAAGGCAAAAAUCAUUCUGCUUCUAAUGUUUUUUCUUUCCGCCCUCGCAAAUGCCGAUAUUUCGAGUGCGUAAUCUCAUUCUACCUUGUGAAACAAAACGGAAUAUCAAUUUUUUGCCCGAAGCUAAUAAUAUUUUUGUGUAGACGAAAGACUACUCGAUUUGCGGAAAUUUUAGUGUUGAAGCAUUACGAGCUCGUUUGGCUAUGACAUGGAAAUAAAUUGUUUUCUGCAGAUUAUCCAUCAAACCAAUGACAGGAUCGUAUUGCAAAACGACACUUAUGAAGUACUUAGCUUUGUAUAUGUUUUUAGGAAAACGGAAUUUGCUUUUAUUGUCGAAGGCCUCGACUGGCGGAGUUUGACGUCUUCAGAAUUAGCUUGAGGCAACUUGGAUGAAAUUGCAGGCAAAUCGAAAGUAAGCCUAAGCUAGCAAGUACUGUGACUUUGCUUUUGGUGUUUAUCAAAAAGAAGAGGGUUUUACUCUUUUUGUUUUUUUGUCGACGCAUUUAAUGAAGACCCAGAUAGGACAAACAACAACAAUACCUAUUAUAGGCAUUCUGUGAAAAGUUCGUAAGGUCACCUUUUAAUCCAACUGUGACAUCGAAUAAUUAUCUGACCAAACAUCACGUAUUCAACUUUGAAAACAGAAACAAAAGCAAUUUUUCGUCUUAUUGCGAUAAAUUACACACUAGAAAAAUGACGAGAAAAAGUCUUCAUAAUAUAACAUUAUCGAUUUUGAUACUAAGUGAAUUUCUCUUUGUUUUUGGUUUAGGAGGUAAUUAACCUACUGUAGACUCGUGCAAAACAGCAUACGCAUAACCAUUGUUUAUGGACAUUUUUCUUUGUCUUUCAUUUUCCAAUAAUUUCAAAACUAGAUUGAUGGCUAUAUUGCUGAAUUAGUGGCCCUUUUUUGCAUUUAGUGCAUAUAAGAUAAUGGUUUCCUGUUUAUAUGGGGAAAAAGCCAUUAAAUGAAGCCAAAGCCAAACUAGUUAUAUUUUUAAGCUGUAAUUCUAAAAGCAAGAGUAGAACAUUUAUUAAUUGAUCUUUUUUUUUUUACUAAAGCCUCUGUUUUGACCCAAUGCUAUAAUUUCUGUCUAGCAGAGUGUUCUAUUGACGGGUGCUUUAUAGUCUAGUCAUUGGAGCCAAUACAGGUUAUUUAGUUUAUUUACUCGGGUUAUAAAUCGAGUAUUAAAAGAAGUCCUCUGCACCUUGAAUGCGUCAAACGACAAAAUGGCAGGGCCUUCAUAUUCAAUUAUUAAUGUUAAGUCUAUAGAAUAAUAAAUCUCUAUAUCGCCCUGAAAAUAAUGAGCGAGGGUAAGGCAGGUAAAUUUACAAAAUGUACAUAAUAUUGUAAAUAUUUAUUUGAAUUUUCCAGGGGAUUUGUAAAAA